AUGCGUUCGGGCCUGUGUGCGCAUGCUGCCGGCACGCUGAUCCCCGCACUCCAGCGGCAGGGCCUGCGCAUCCCGCUGCAGCCUGUUCCGGUGAUUGAUGACGACGGCUAUAUGUGCGUUGACCCUCCUGUUGAUCAGCGGCGCGAGUUGCUCGAAGUGAAGGGGAAGGUCGCUGUUCUCGAGCACGACUUCCUUAUCAUGACGGCUAAGAUUGAGUUCCUCGCCAUCAGCAAGGGCGUCACCUCAGCUGAACUGGAGGCCGGAGCGCGAGACCACAUGGGGGCAGUAAACGACACCACGGGGCCACAGGUGGCUUCUCGCAAGGCUGCGAAAGUGGAGGAGACGGCAGACCAUGUCGGCCAGGUGGACUGCGCUCGACCUAGAGAUGGCCUCGUCCCCGCCCAUCAGACAACUCCUGCGCCAAUCCGUCCGCAAGAGCGUGGCACUCUUGCCCUCGCGGUGCGUGGCCAGGGUAUGACCCACGUGCAUCCAGUUCCCGGAAACCCUGGCAGGGCAUCGAGCAGUGGUCGAACGGGCGUGAUGUGGAACGCUGAGAAGCAGAGGUUCUAUGUUCGUAUAAUAUCAGGACAGAGAAAGCAGGUGCGUCUUGGGUCGUACGAGGACCCGGACGAGGCUGCAUACGCAUAUGCGGCGGGGGCUGUGGUCCUUCGGCCGAACUCGAGGAUUAGCUGCACCGUGGAACUCUCUGAGGGAGAGAGGCAAGCGCUGGAAGGGUGCACCGAGGAUAACCUCAGGCUGCUGGUGAAGUUUAGGCGAUGGAACAGAUGGAGGGAGUGGAGGGCUGCACUGGAGGGCUUGGAAGAACCACCGGCUGCGGGGGCUCGUUCCAGACGCAAGGGCACAGUGUCACGAGACGUACAGGAGGUAGAGGAGGUGGACGCGGCCACACAGAAUAUUGAAGAGCAGGCCAUGGCUGACGAGCCUGAAAGCCCCCCGCAGGACUACUCGGAUGAUGACGAGACCGAAGAGGAGGAUGAAGAGUAUGUGGCCGUGCAUGAGGUCAUGGAGGAUGAGGAGGACGAGGAGGAUGACUAG